AUGUCUGCGACGGACUCCGAGUCAGAUUAUUUCGACGAUGAUUUUAUAGUUCCCGAUGAACCCACAUCGCGCCCUACCAAACGUCGCCGCGUUGAAGCUCCGAAGCGGGGAGAACGCGAUCACCAUGAUGGUUCCUCAAUCGACUCGUUCUCUGAUAUGGACGACUUGCCACCCCAACGAGGAGGCUCUGCUGGAUUCGAUGAACAUCAAGAUCGCCCUAAGAACAAGAGCUAUGUGUUGAAACAAAAUAAUUUCCAAGAGAACAUGUUUGUCACACAACUCACGCAACCAUCUUCGAGCCCGGAACGUAUACGAGGUCCACGAUGGCAGAAACCAGCUGCCAAACCUCCUCCGCCGAAGUUUGAAGCAGUUCGACAAGCCAAUGAACGAGAAAAUGGACCGGGGACUGAGCAAACUGCGCAGCAAGCGCAUGAUUACAACCAAGACGACGAAUUGAUGGCAGCGAUUACUGCUUCGUUGGACUCAUUCGAGGAGGAGAAAGAGAUCAGACGAGCGUGUAGCCCACGCAGUAUAGCACGGAACACUCCUCCCAGAAUUCUUGCUCCCCCACAACAGACAGGCACGCAUGGCUCAACGGACAUGUCGUUUGAACUAGACCACAUACCCGAGGACGCAUUUGAUACAUCACCUUCAUUAUCACCGGUAGCACGACCGGCGCAAGCCCCACAACCGACUUUUGCCAGAGCACCAGUUCGACAAGCUCAUAUGCGCCAGACAACAUUAUUCGGCAUGACUGCUGCGCAAGACCCAGUUCCGCGUGAGCAAGACUGGGCCCCGCCAGACAAAGUUGAACCUCCCACUCAGCACAAAUUAGUCCAAGAUGCUUUGGAUACCUGGGUUUACCCCACCAACUUGGGUCGCACCCGAGAUUACCAAUUCAAUAUCACACAGCGAGGGCUCUUUCACAACCUGCUCGUGGCCUUGCCAACCGGCCUGGGAAAGACGUUUAUUGCUGCUACAGUCAUGCUCAAUUGGUUCCGCUGGACGAAAGACUCGCAGAUUAUCUUUGUUGCCCCAACCAAGCCUCUGGUUUCUCAACAGGUCACGGCAUGUUUGGAUAUUGCUGGAAUUCCUCGAUCCCAGACAACUAUGCUUACUGGAGGUGCCUCGCCUGGGAUUCGUGCAGAGGAGUGGAAGGCGAAGCGGGUGUUUUUCAUGACUCCUCAAACCUUGAUCAACGACUUGAAGACUGGGAUUGCUGAUCCAAAGCGGAUCGUUCUUCUGGUCGUUGAUGAAGCCCACCGUGCCACCGGUGCAUAUGCCUACGUGGAAGUAGUCAAAUUUCUGCGGCGGUUCAACAACAGUUUCCGUGUUCUCGCAUUGACAGCUACUCCUGGUUCAACAGUUGAGUCUGUACAGGCAGUCAUCGAUGGAUUGGACAUCUCACGAGUUGAGAUUCGUACUGAGAACUCGAUUGAUAUACGCAACUACGUUCAUGCUCGCAACAUUGAGAUCGAAACAUUCGAAAACUCGGAUGAGAUGGUCUUCUGCAUGGACUUAAUGUCAGAGGCAUUGCGCCCCUUGCUGGAUCAGCUUCGCACACUCAACGCCUACUGGGGUAAAGACCCCAUGGGUCUAACCGCCUACGGUCUCACGAAAGCUAGACAACAAUGGAUGCUGUCCGAUGCGGGUAGAAAUGCCAAUUUUGGGCUCAAAGGCAAGGUCAAUGCCAUUUUUUCUGUUCUUGCCAGUCUGGCCCACGGCAUCGACUUGCUCAAGUUCCAUGGUAUUGUGCCAUUCUACCGCCAUGUCCUUCACUUCAAGUCAGGCUCAGAAGGACAAAAGGGCGGAGGCGGUAAAUGGCAGAAGCAGAUCGUCCAAGAUGAGAAUUUCAAGAAAUUGAUGAGCCAUGUUGAACCGUGGUCCAAGAAUCCCGAGUUCAUUGGUCAUCCCAAGUUGGAGUAUCUAAAAUCCGUGAUCUUGAAUCAUUUUAUGGACCGAGGCGAAGGAAAGGAGUCCACUGAAGGAAACGUUGAAAGCGCAACCCGUGUCAUGAUCUUUGUGCACUUCCGAGAUAGUGCAGAAGAGGUUACGCGAGUUUUAAAAAGAUACGAACCCAUGAUUCGACCUCACGUUUUUGUCGGCCAAUCGAGUGCCAAAGGUUCUGAAGGCAUGGACCAGAAGACGCAGCUUUCGAUUAUCAAAGAAUUCAAGAAAGGCACGUACAAUACGAUCGUGGCCACAUCGAUUGGUGAAGAGGGUCUGGAUAUUGGCGAAGUCGACCUUAUUGUGUGCUACGACUCGUCGGCAUCCCCAAUUCGUAUGCUCCAGCGAAUGGGUCGAACUGGUCGUAAACGGGCUGGUAACAUCACCUUGCUGUUGAUGAAAGGAAAAGAAGAAGACUCUUACGUCAAGGCCAAAGACAAUUACGAGAAGAUGCAACAAAUGAUUGCCAGCGGCUCCCGCUUCACCUUCCAUGACGAUCGAUCUGCUCGAAUCUUGCCUGCAGGGAUCCGUCCAGUGGCCGAUAAACGACAAAUUGACAUCCCCCCGGAGAACUCUGAACAAGACCUACCGGAACCGAAACGCAAAGGACGAGCGCCGAAACGACCGCCCAAAGUCUUUCAUAUGCCAGAAAACGUGGAAACCGGAUUCACUCGAGCUUCAGCUUUCACGGGUGACAACCCCAAGCCCGCGAAAAAGAAAGCUGCCAUUCCGAAAAAGCGGCCACGAACACCUACACCUGAGCCUGUGGAGGUCCCCUCAUUGGAUGAUGUUACCUUGACUGCCAAGGAGCAGAAGCAACUUGAAAGCCAUUAUCAGAACAUCGGAGCCACCUCUCCCCAGUUCAUUCGGUUCCCUCGCAACGAUGCUUUCCCUCGUCUGCAACUUGUUCCCAGGCCCACAAAGCUUGUUAAGCAUGGAGCUCUCACCAAGCGCAUGAUCUCAGCUUUACAGAAAAUGGAUCAAGCGGGACCUGACUGUGAUCGCCGAUUCAAAGACAUUCUGGCCUUUCAACCACUUUCUUCUGACGAGUCCAGUCCACCACAACCGAAAGCAAUGAAGAAAUCUGGAAGCAAGAAGAAAGACUUGAAGACCCCAUCAAAGCCUGCUUCUCGGAAGUCGUCCAAAAAAUCCGCGACACCAGCUGACCGAGACGUUCGAUCCUUGUUGUCUUCCAAUCAGCCGGAUAGCGCACAGCGGAAGCUGGACCCCCUCGACUUUUUGGAUGAUGACUUUGAUGACGAUUAUGACGACCUUCCGGAUCCAAGUGUACUCCUUAGCAGCGUAUCAAAGCCUGGCAAUUCCCGAAAGCAGAGCCAGGCGUUUGUUGACAGUGACGAUUUAUGA